GAUAGUAACCCCUAUUUCUGAACCUAAAACCCCAACAAAGCCCUCUUCGCUCUUCUCAUUUCCCUUUUACAAUUAUGGCCACUUUCGCCGCCAGGUCCUUCCUCCGCUCCGCCGCCACCUCCGGCCGAUCAGCAGCAACCACAAGAAUUGCUUCCGGCGCCAAGCCAAAGACAUCUCCAUUCCGCAUACCAACUCAAAAACCAGUCACCGCUCGCAUUUUCAGGUCGCCGGUAGAAAUGAGUUGUGUUAGAGUGGAAUCGAUGUUUCCAUUUCAUACUGCGACUGCAUCAGCAUUACUCACUUCAAUGUUAUCUGCUACUCCUCGGAGCUAUGGUUGGACUCUUGAAGAUUGCAAUGAUGAUGCAUGAUGAAUGUCAGAGAGUACAAGCAAAGUGAAAUAUCCAUGCCGUAUUGCAAUGAUGAUUUAUGAUGUCGGAGGGUUCAACCGAAGUAUUAUGUCCAUGCAGUCUAAGAGAAUGUCUGUAUGAACUCUGAAGAAGAAAUAUUUGGUUUCUUCUAUGACUGUCAUUUGAUUUCCGCUCUACUCUUCCCGUUUGUGAAACUGGGAUUUUUUUCCCUUUCUGUGAAUUUAGAUUCUUCUGUAGCUUGUUGAAUUCUUCUGAUGCAUCAACUAUUGAUAUCUCUGGCAGUUGCUAGGAACUACUUCUAUGCUAAACUGCACGACAACCUUAGCUUUUAAGUCAUGAAUGAUCCUCUAAGAACCUUAUUACAUGAUACUUCGGGUUA